GGAAAAUAGUUAUGACUACGUUCAAGGAAGAUCUUGAGAAACAUAUUGCUAACUCAGGUAUUGAUGUUGAAGGACUGAGGAAAAGUGCAUGGAGAGACAUGUACGAGCAUGAUCUCAACAUUCUGAAGCAUUUAGAUGAAGAUAGAGCUGCUAAGUUCAACUCAUUUACUUUCAAUCUUUCGAGAGAAGACAAGUUCAGGGAAAACAUUAGAAGAGGAGCUAGGCUGAAGGAGAUGGCUUAUGAAGGAAAGAUCCCUCAUGUAGAUCAUGAGAACACUGUUAUUUUUGUGAUGGCAAUGAACUCUUUUCAUCCGGCAAGUGUUCAUCAUAGUAUGUUCGAAUCAAUUAUCAGGGUGGUUGGAUCUGAUGAACAAGUCGCAGAAAUUUUAGAUGAUGUUUUAGCUUACAAGAUUAUCGGCUGUUAUGCCCAGACCGAGAUCGGUCAUGGCUCUGAUGUCCAAGGACUCCAGACCGAAGCUAUCUAUGAUGAAGCCACUGAGGAGUUUAUCAUCAAUUCUCCAUCCAUCAAGGCAUACAAGUUCUGGCCAGGAGAUCUCGGUAAAAUGGCUAACUAUGCAUGUGUUUUUGCCAAACUUCUUGUAAAAGGGCAAAACUAUGGAGUUCAGUCAUUUUUGGUUAGAAUCAGGGACUCUGAGUCGCAUACUCCGUUAAAAGGAAUUGAGAUCGGAGAUAUUGGCCCUAAAUAUGGGUAUGCCUGUAAAGAUAAUGGAUAUAUGGCUUUCAAUAAUAUCCGAGUUCCAAGAUCUGCAAUUCUUUCAAGAUAUAUCAAUGUCUCAAAGAAGGGAGAUAUCGAAAUGAAAGGAGACCCAAGAAUUGGAUAUGCAACAAUGCUAGGGAUCAGAGUUGGGCUUAUAAUGAUGGGAUGGCAAGUAAAGUUUUCGAGUCUUGCUCAUUCAGCUAGAUAUACUUUAAAGAGAAAGCAAUUUAAGUCUCUUCCUGAGGCAGAUGUCGAGAGACCAAUCUUCGAUUAUCAAGCUACCCAAGAAAAGUUAGUAUCAAUAACUUGAUACUCAUAUGCAAAUAUGAGUAUCUCUCACUUCUUAACAGAUAUGUUCUACAAGAUGAUGGACAAUGUUAAGAAUGAAGACUUUUCAAUUAUGAAUGAUCUCCAUGUACUCAUCAGUUCUCUUAAGGCGUAUUGGAUGGACUAUGAUAUGAUGGCUCUCUAUAAUCUGAGAGAACUUCAAGGCGGGCAUGGAUUCAUGUAUUUGGGAAAUAUUCCAGAAUUAAUAGAGGGCUGGUCUCCAAAUGUGACUCUUGAAGGUGAUGGAUAUGUCCUAUACCAGCAGACAACAAGAAAACUUUUGAAGAAACUCCAAUCAUUGGCUAAAGGAAAAUCUAUUAAUAAGACCUUCUAUCCUUAUAUAGAACAAAUCUUCUCUGUUCAAGGCUCCACUGAGUCUGACUCAGACAUUAGAGACACUCACAAGCUCCUCGAAGUUCUCAGAGUUGCCCUCAGUCACGAACUUCUCCAACUUGCUGAAGCUCUUGCUAAGCAAGAUCAUCACUCGUUUGAUACCAAGUGGAACACAGUCUUCCAGGUCGAAAUUGCCAACCUGGCCAAGCUCCAUGCAGUCUACAUGUCUGGACUGUCACUGGCUGCCAGAGUGCCUACUCUAUCCGAAGACAAGUUCACACAGCAAGUCAUGACCAAGGUCUGCAAUGUCUUCGUCACUGAAGAAAUCCUCAAGCUGGCGCAGACUGCUCUGCUUAAAGGUUAUGUCAAUGCAGAGCAAAUGGUCGGAAUCCACGAGUACCACACUGAGCUGGUGGAGUCACUAAAGCCACAUGUCGUUGCUCUGAUUGAGUCACAGAUUAUCCAUGAAGCUUUGGUACCAGGGACAACAUUGAGUGGGCAAGACUCAGACUAUGCUGGGAAGUUGUAUGAGAUGGCGACGCUGAACCCUUUAAACUCCACUCACAAGAUGCCAAAUGUAGACUUAAAGCUGAAGCUUCUAUCAAAGAAGCUAUCUAAUUUUGCUAAAAUCUAG